AUGUCUAGUCGCGUCGAGAAAACGAAGUCUGGUUCUUCAAGGAAGACUCUUGCGCGUCGAGCCCUAGCGAUAUUCAUCGAAGAAUUUGGGUUUGAAAUGCCCUCUUGCUCAUCCUGCCGCGUUAAUCGACGUACUUGUCUCGUUGCGGAAGGGAAAAACAAUCGUGUGAUCCGAGAGAAGGAUCGUCUCGCUCGUCAAUAUAAGCAGGUCGAAGAGGCCCUAGAGGAGGCUAUGGCUCGUUUGCAGUGUAUCCGAAAACAAGAAAUCUUCGCUGAAAUGGUUGCCCGUAGUGUUGAGAGUAUGGAUGAGUUGGAUGCGGAGGAACGUCGAGAGGUCGAAGCGGCAGUGAACGCACUGCCGACAGAUACUUUAUCGAGCAUCGACUGGGCUUCUCUCGAGCUUCCGGAGGAGUUCAUUCUCGGUCCUAGCCCUGGUGAUACCGCUCAAACGACGGCAGGCGGCUUGUCGAAUUCGUAA